GCGAGUCCCGCCGCGCGAGGUCCGGCAUGAGCUUCCCGCGGCCCCUGCGCCGGUCCGUGAGCCUGAGCCCGGCUCGGACCCUGCGGUUGGUGGUCCUGGGACAGAGCGCCGUGGGCAAAACAGCUUUGACAGUGAGAUUCAUCACCAAGCGAUUUAUCGGUGAUUAUGACCCUACAUUGGAGAUGAUUUACAGGCAUACAGCUGUCAUCGAUGGAGAGAUGGUGCAUUUUGAAAUUCUUGACACAGCAGGACAGGAGGAAGACUCCUUACAAAUAGAAGAGAAGAUUAAGUGGGGAGAUGGCUUUGCUGUGGUUUACUCUGUCACUGACAGAUGCAGCUUUGACGAAGUCAUGAGGUUGUGUUUCCUCAUCAACCACAUCCAUUCCAGCCCGAAGAGGAGCAGUGGGAGUGAGCAGCCACCAGUGGUGAUCAUUGGAAAUAAGAAGGACUUGCAGUUUGACCGGAUGGUGACCUCUGAGGAUGGGGAAAACCUCUCCAAGGCUUUGAAGCAUCCUUUCUAUGAAAUUUCCACCCGGGACAGCUAUGAGGAGACUGUGAUGGUGUUCAACACCCUGUAUAAUGAGCUGAUGAAGCAAGGGCAUUUUUCUCCGGGGACCUUCAAGAGACGAGCUGUGUCUAAACUGAUGGAGAAGAUCCCAAGGAUUCACGCCAACUCGACCCUGAGCUCAAGUGGCAGGAGCCUGAGCUUCAACUCCUUCAGAGACUAUAUCCCAGAGUGAACUUUUGCACAGCCAUUUUGCGGUGGCAAAUAAUGCAUACAUGGACCAACAGGACUGGGCAAAAGGAAAGCUGCAGAAGUGGUUGCUCCAAGUCUGGAGUCCUGUACAUAGUUAGGAAGGGUUUUUCCCCCCCCAAUGAACAUUUUUAAUCCAGGAAGGUCAUAGGGUGACCUUAGACUGAUAGUGACAAGGGGCUAGAUAAUAUUGGCAAAAAUGUAUCACCUCUUCUCCUUUAGAGACUGGUCUUUUAAAUCCUGACCUUCCUUGGGCCCCUCUUCAUGUUAUCACAUGAUGAUAGUUAUUCAAGGGAGCAAAGAAAGCUUUAAAUCCAGACCAGGGCACUGAACUCAGGCCUUUCUGAACAUCAUCGUAUCUUAUGGGGAUAGAUGGUGAAGUCUACAUGCAGUAGCAAGGCAAAGUUUAGUAAGGCUCACUUUCAUCUCCAUCAGAACAAUGUUCACAGCUAACAGAAUUAUAUUUAUACUUCAUAAUUGCUGUUGGAUCUACUAGUAAUUGCUAUGGUACAGUCUUGCUUAUCUAGAUGUAGUUGGAAGACAUCGAAAUUAGUGGCAAGAUUAGAGGUCUGGAUAAAAAAAAUGAUGUGUACAGUGGGUUACAGGAAUAUAAGAUGGGACAGAUAAUAAAUUCAGAUAAUCUGUAAAGGUAUAGAGCUGAAUUGACCAAAUGACCCUCAAAUUCAAUUCAAUGCCAUUUUUUUUGAGGCAAAGUGAUCAAUAAGAUUGCCACACAAAUAUACUCUGUCCCACCAAAAGAUAAAAAUGUAGUUCUGCAUUGUUUGGCAGAAGUGAAAGCAGUGUGCUUCUGUUGUAGAAAAAAGCCCUGAUAUCAAAAUGGCUGCCAUGGAUAAAACCACCUUUAUCUCUGGUAUUCCUUGGGCUAUCACAGUAGUUUGAACAACAUUCUGCUCAGUGGCUCCUAAGGAUUCUCCUCCACUAAUCAGUUUCCUUUCUUUUAAAAAAAAAUUAGGAUCCUCUCCUGAUUUUUCCAAAAUGGCUGCCACAUGUAAAACACCUGUAUCUCUGGAAUCCCUUGGGCUAUUACAACAGUUUUAUCUGCAUUUUGCUUGGGGUCAUCUAGGGAUUGUACUCCACCCAUCGUUUUUUGAAAACUUUCAAAUGUUGUCAUUUUUUCCCCUGGUCCUCUAAGAUGGCUACCACCUUCUUUCAGUACAAAGAAGGUCCAGGAAGUGGCUGCAGAAUGAUUCAACACUGAGGUUCUACCUUUCUGUGAGACAAGGUAUAGCUUGGUCAUUGUUUUGGUGUGUUUGUGUGUGCGCGUGUGUGUGUGACAAUGUUAAUGUUGUUAUCAGGGAAUAUAUUUAAUCCUGUCUUUUAAAUAGACUUCUGUGAAUGACAGACUCAUUAAACUGUCAAUACCAA